AUGGCCACGUUAGCCAUUGCUGUUCUCACUCUCACUCGCACUUCUUCUUCUUCUUCUUCUUCUUCUUCUUCUUCUUCCAACUUCUUCUCUCGCACCUUCAAUCAUUUCACUACAAAGUUCGUAUCUUUCAAAACCCCACAUCAACGACGUCGUUUCUUCUGUUGCAACUCCAAAAGGGGAAUAGCAUCUUCACCAGUCACCACCCCUUCCAUUUCCGAAAGAAUGACCGCACCCUAUGGUUCGUGGAAGUCCCCCAUCACCACGGACGUCGUUUCCGGCGCCGCCAAGAGACUCGGAGGCACGGCCGUAGACGCCCGUGGCCGCCUCGUCUGGCUGGAAUCACGUCCGGCGGAAUCAGGACGGGGAGUUCUUGUGGUUGAGGCGGAAAAUCUGGAAGGUGAGGCUGUGGACAUUACACCUAAGGAGUUUGGAGUGAGAACAUUGGCUCAGGAAUAUGGAGGUGGUGCUUUUACUGUUUCAGGGGAUGCUGUCUUCUUUGCAAAUUACAAAGAUCAGAGAUUAUACAAGCAGUCCAUCAGUUCUCUGGAUCUGCCUCCCAUACCUCUUACUCCGGAUUAUGGUAGCCCAGUAGUCAGCUAUGCUGAUGGUAUAUAUGAUGGACGCUUUAACCGUUUUGUCACUGUAAUGGAAGAUCGUCGAGAGAGCACUCAAAAUCCAUCUACAACAAUUGUAUCUGUAGCACUUGGAAGCAAAAAUGUUCAGGAACCGCAGGUACUAGUUAGUGGAAGUGACUUCUAUGCUUUCCCACGUCUUGAUCCAAAAAGUGAAAGAAUAGCUUGGAUUCAGUGGAGUCAUCCAUAUAUGCCAUGGGAUAAAUCAGAACUUUGGGUUGGCUAUAUUUCUGAAAAAGGAGAGAUCUACAAGCAGGUGUGUGUUGCGGGGAAUGAUCCUGCACUUGUGGAGUCCCCAACUGAGCCCAAGUGGUCUUCUGAUGGGGAGCUGUUUUUCAUCACGGAUAGGGGAAAUGGUUUUUGGAAUCUCCAUAAAUGGAUUGAGUCUGAGAACAAGGUUUUGCCUGUUUAUUCUUUGGAGGCCGAGUUUGCAAGGCCAUUGUGGGUUUUUGGCAUGAAUUCUUAUGAAUUUCUUCAAAGUCAUACACAGAAGAACUUAAUUGCUUGCAGUUACAGACAACAGGGGAAGUCAUAUCUUGGAAUUAUUGAUGAUGUGCCAGGCUCAAAACUAACUCUGCUGGAUAUCCCUUUUACAGAUAUAGAAAACAUUACUUCUGGUAAUGAUUGCCUUUAUGUGGAGGGAGCGUCUGCUGUUCAUCCAUCAUCAGUGGCCAAGGUGACUUUAGAUAAUGAUAAAUCUAAAGUAGUUAACUUCUACGUUAUUUGGUCCUCCUCACCGGAUAGUUUGAAGUAUAGUCCUUACUUCAGUAAACCUGAGUUGAUUGAAUUCCCAACUGAAGUUCCUGGUCAAAAUGCUUAUGCAUACUUUUACAAACCAUCUAAUCCUGAUUUCCAAGCUAGUGCUGAAGAAAAGCCUCCAUUAUUAUUGAAGAGCCAUGGAGGACCAACUGCUGAAGCACGUGGAAUUUUAAAUUUGAGCAUUCAGUACUGGACUAGUCGGGGUUGGGCUUUUGUUGAUGUUAAUUAUGGUGGAAGCACUGGUUAUGGCAGGGAGUUCCGUGAACGGCUUUUGGGACGUUGGGGAAUAGUUGAUGUCAAUGACUGUUGUAGUUGUACUACAUACUUGGUUAACAGUGGAAAGGUAGAUGGGGACCGCCUUUGUAUUACAGGGGGCUCUGCUGGUGGGUAUACCACCUUAGCUGCUCUUGCUUUUAAGGAAACUUUUAAAGCUGGUGCUUCUCUGUAUGGUGUAGCUGACGUGAACAUGUUGAGAGCGGAAACUCAUAAAUUUGAAUCUCAUUAUAUCGAUAGACUGGGUGGAGGUGAGAAAGGGUGCUAUGAAAGAUCACCAAUCAAUCAUGUUGACAAAUUUUCUUGUCCCAUAAUUUUAUUUCAAGGGUUGGAGGACAAGGUUGUACCACCAGAACAAGCUCGCAAAAUUUACCAGGCUCUAAAGGAAAAAGGUGUGCCAGUUGCUCUUGUUGAGUAUGAAGGAGAACAACAUGGUUUCCGAAAGGCUGAGAACAUUAAGUUUACACUUGAACAACAAAUGGUCUUCUUUGCACGAUUGGUUGGACACUUCAAUGUUGCUGAUGAUAUUACUCCCAUCAAAAUUGACAACUUUGAUCGAUAAUAACAUAUUUAGGGUACUGAUCUUCGCUUUCUUGCAUCCAUGUUGAACCAAGUCUUCUUUUGCAGGUCUGUUUUUAAUUCUCUUUGCCAAAAGUUUGCAAUUUGCAGAGUUUCUACUGCAUCAAAUUUUCAUUGGGGUUCAAUUUAGUCUAUAAUCUUGUAAUACAGUUUUGAGUUUAUAUUUUAGACCUUUACUGAAAGUUACUGACAAGUUUGUUCUCGAUAAUAUAUGCUCUGCGUAAACUGUGAUGUUAUUAACUUACGAGCUUAAUAAUACUAUACUAUUCUGCAUUGGUUUUA